UCUGUUUACCUGGAGAGGUUUGCAAGUGAAGUGUGGAUGUGGCUGGGAGAAGCCAUAACAACUGGAGCUGAGCACCUCUUCUAUAGUGUGAGGAGGAUGGAGGUGCACAGGAAACUGGGAGGGGACAGCGGACUGUCGACUGACUCAAGGGAGAGUCCACACCAUAUGGUGUCAUCCUCAGCAUAUAAAGCUGGAGGAAGAAGGAGGAACGGGGGUGAUGAUGUUUGUCUUCCCAAGUAACUGUUAACGUGAUGAAGCCCUGCUUUCCUGGAGAUGUCUGACCACCUGCCUGCCUAUGGGAAACAGUGAAUGAAUUCCUUGUUUUGCUUUGCUGGUGAUGAAGUAUAUAUGAAAUUAUUCAUUCUUCUAAAAGUGCUUGCAAGGAAACCUCUGUGAUUCAUGGUCUUUGAUCCUGCUAUCACUUACGUCGCUUCCUGGGACAACAGCAGCUGAAUAUGCAUCAAAUUUGAAGAAGAUCUAUACGGUACAGACAGUGCAGGAUUUCUGGAGUGUCUACAACAACAUUCCUCCUGUGACAAAUUUGCCUCUGAGAUGUAGUUACCAUUUAAUGCGGGGAGAAAGGCAGCCACUUUGGGAAGAAGAAAGUAAUGCCAAAGGAGGCAUAUGGAAAAUGAAGGUCCCUAAAGAAAGUACGGCUGCAGCUUGGAAAGAGCUACUGUUAGCAACUAUUGGAGAGCAGUUUGCAGACUGUUGUGCAGCAGAUGAUGAAGUAAUAGGAGUUAGCGUCAGUGUUCGUGACCGUGAAGAUGUUGUGCAAGUCUGGAACCUAAAUGCCUCUUUAGCAAGUGAAGCAAAAGUUAUAGAAAAGAUACAUAAACUUAUGCCACACACGUCUUUUAAAGGGGUGUUCUAUAAAUCACACAGAGAGCAUCAUGCUUUUGAAGGCCGACAGGAAAAACAUUAAAUGCAGUCUGUGCCAAGCUCAUUCAUUGUCAUUUGGUGUUUUGAGGUGGUCUGGACAAGGAGGAGGAUGGUGGAAGUCCUGCACACAGUAGCCUUUUUGAGUUUCUAACAUUUCAAACUGGGAAAAUUAGGAAAAAACGUUGCCUCAACCACUAAAUGUGCUAUUAAUUGCUUCUUGUUUUGUUGGUUUUUUUUAAUUAUGUAUUGUUUCUUUAAAUAAAUUUUGGUCACUUUCUUUUUUCAGUUGGGUUUUAUUUGUUCCUAUUACAUUCAGAUAGAAGGGUUCAAUUUCUUCUGUACUGCACUCAGUUAUAUGCAAAUGUGUGCAGAGUUGGUAUGCUGCUUUUCCUAGAUGUGCUCUGUGUAGAGGAAUACUGGCUUGGUGAAAUGUGUUUUCAAUUUUCGUUUUAAAACAUUCCUGUCAUGUUAAGAUUUACUCCCUAGCUUUGUCCUAAGAGAGAAAGAAAUUGCUCUGCAUUUAUUCUAAUAUUCAAUGUACUCUGGUGUUGCACUGACAAUGGCACGCAUACUGUAAAAGUAAAGAGUAAAUUAUUCACUAAACAAGUGACUAAAGAGAACAAUUUAUACCAGGAUUAACCAUUUGUGGGAUGGUGUUAAUGAGUAUUUUAAUUCUAGUGAUUUCAGAAGAGCCCCUGUUCAGACUAGAAUGAGAGAUCCUUCAGUAGGAAAUCCUUCAAAUGCCACACCUCUUUUAUUUUGGAGGGGAUGGAGUUUUGUAAUGUUUUUAUAUAGCACGCUUUGUUGUAAUAUUUUUCUGUACAUCUGUGAUAGUGUCAGGAAUAAUUUCUAAUGCCUUAGACUAACUGGAUCCAUCCCUCCUCCUCCAAGUACUUCAGGCCUGUGCCUGCACCCUCAAAGGUCAGUACCAGAGCUACAGCUGACAUCAGUGCGAAGGAAGAGAUCCCAUUGCAUGUAGCUUCAGGCCAUAGUGACUUUCUAAGUGACUCUUUUUGUUUAAAAAGAAUAAAAAACAAAAGAAAAGGAUUUUGUGGUGCAGCAUGAAUAUGCAUACAAAAUGUUACUCUUUAAUUAUUUGUCUAUAUUAUUUGUCUAUUUGGGGUGUUGGUUUGGUUUACUGUGCUGCCAGUGAUUGCUGCAGUUUUUUACCAAAAAAAGCUGCGAGCUAGAGAUGAGCGUACACUCCACUGAGCAUUACUUCAUUGUUAAGAGGUUUUUCUUUGGCACCUGUUCAAGUUGCACUGGUUCCCACAUCUUUAGUGUAUUAAGAGGAGCCAUUAAAAUUGAAUAAAUUUAAAAAUAUUUCAAAAUAAAUUUAAAAUAAGAAACAUUUGAAUUUUUUUCUACAAUUUCCUCUGUAGUUAUAAACUCAAUCUGUGGUUAAUGAGCGUUAUUAAUUAAACUAAUUUUCUAAGAUCCAAAUGUCUUGCUUCUCUAAUUGCUUUCUGAGGUUAAAUGCUACUGGGCCUGUUUUUUUAAACCUGCGUGUUUUUCAGUAAAACUUCUUCUGUUAGAAGCUAUCUGUUUUGUUCAUAGAUUAAGAAUAUUUUUAAAGUAUUUUUUUAUUAAAGCAGAAAUGAAGCCUAAAAUUUAUUGGUAGUAUAUCUCUUGUAUGCAUUCAGUUAAUAUUCAAGGUAUUUCUGAGUUGCUGUUAAGUUGAGGUUUCAAAAUAAAAAGCAUAGAGACCGCUA